CCCUCCAGGAUUAGGCAGGUGUCCAGGCAGGAGUCACACUUUUCUUGAGAUCUCUCAGCAUAAUUUAAGGGCAAAAGGCCAAAGGGUGUGUAAAAAGUGUGAAAUCGGGCUGGAGGAUGCUUGUUUCAAGGAAAAGUCAAAGUAUUUAAGAUACGGAAGGACAGAUACUGAGAAUUUGACUCAGAUUGCUAGGUGGAAAUUGAUGGGGGAUAGUGGGAGUAGCAGCAAGAAGAGCCAUUCCAUUUACAGUGGAGGCCAGCAGAAAUAUCCCCGAAGAGGAGAGAGGACUGGGAGCAAAUAGGGACUGAGAAUUCACUGUUUGGGGUAUUGGAGGAUUCCCAGGGUGUGAAUACUCAGAGCCCUGCUCUGGACUGCUGUGUGAUAUCUUUUGACCCAGUCCUCUCCUCAUGAACAGUAGAAGGUGUUUCCAGCCUGAGGAUUUCUACUCUGCUUGUCUCUAAAAAGGCUCAUCAGAGCAGAAGGAAUGGCAGUCAGGUGCCUGCCCACCAUGGUCCAGGAAUCAGUGACCUUCAAGGAUGUGGCCGUGCUUUUCACCCAGGAUGAGUGGGCGCAGCUGAGUCCUGCCCAGAGGGCCCUGUACAGGGAUGUCAUGCUCGAGAACUACAGCAACCUGGUGUCCCUGGGACUCUUAGGACCCAAACCAGAUAUGUCCUCCCAGUUGGGAAAAGGGGAAGAGUGGAUGCCAGAGGACUCCUUGGGAGGCUUCUGUCUUGACUGGGUGAUUACACCUAUGAAUAAGAAAUCUAUUCUCAAGACAGAUAUUCCUGAAGGAGAAUUGGGUCAGUGGAUGAUAAAGGAAAGAUUCACUAGAGAUAGUUGCUGGAAAUAUGAUAGCCUGUUGGAAUGGCAGCAUGGAGGCCAGGAGAUAAACGUGAAGCAAGUGGUGCUUGCUCAUGAGAAAACUUCAUCUGUGGUUGGUGACCAGAAAUGUGAUGAAUCUGGAAAACAUGGCACCAUGAACUCAUCUUUUGUUCAGAGUCAGGGAUUUCAGUCUAGCAAAAAAGCCUUUGAAUGUAUUGAGUGUGGAAAAGUCUUCACUAAGAGUUCAACCCUCAAUAAACAUCAGAAGAUUCAUAGUGAAAAACUUAAUGCAAAUCAGAAAAUUGUUAUUAAAGAGAAGCGAUAUGAAUGUAGAGAAUGUGGGAAGGCCUUUCACCAGAGCACACACCUCAUCCAUCACCAAAGAAUUCACACUGGUGAGAAGCCAUAUGAAUGUAAGGAAUGUGGCAAGGCCUUCUCAGUGAGCUCCUCACUUACUUAUCAUCAGAAAAUUCAUACUGGAGAGAAACCUUUUGAAUGCAACUUAUGUGGAAAAGCUUUUAUCCGAAACAUACACCUUGCCCACCAUCACAGAAUACAUACUGGAGAGAAACCUUUUAAAUGUAAUAUAUGUGACAAAGCCUUUGUGUGUAGGGCACAUCUUACCAAACACCAGAAUAUUCAUAGUGGAGAGAAACCCUAUAAAUGUAAUGAAUGUGGGAAAGCCUUCAAUCAGAGUACAAGUUUUCUUCAGCAUCAGAGAAUUCACACUGGAGAGAAGCCUUUUGAAUGUAAUGAAUGUGGAAAGGCCUUCAGGGUGAACUCUUCCCUUACUGAACAUCAAAGGAUUCAUACCGGAGAGAAACCUUAUAAAUGUAAUGAAUGUGGGAAAGCGUUCAGGGAUAAUUCAUCCUUUGCUCGACAUCGGAAAAUUCAUACUGGGGAGAAACCUUACAGAUGUGGUUUGUGUGAGAAAGCCUUCAGGGACCAAUCAGCCCUAGCCCAACAUCAGAGAAUUCAUACAGGGGAGAAGCCUUAUACAUGUAAUAUAUGUGAGAAAGCCUUCAGCGACCAUUCAGCCCUCACUCAGCAUAAGAGAAUUCAUACCAGAGAAAAACCUUACAAAUGUAAAAUCUGUGGGAAAGCCUUUAUCCGAAGUACACACCUGACUCAACAUCAGAGGAUUCACACAGGAGAGAAACCCUAUAAAUGUAAUAAAUGUGGGAAAGCUUUUAACCAGACUGCAAACCUCAUUCAGCAUCAGAGACAUCAUAUAGGAGAAAAGUGACAUGGAAGAGCCUUGAGACUGAGUGUAUUAAUUAUUGAAUGCAGGAGAAUAACCAUGAAAGCUUACUUGAAGAUAGUCAUUUUGUUUUUACUGAGAAUCAAGGUUCACACUAGUAUGGGUUUUGAGACCUUAAG